AUGAAUAUAAGUAAAAGUUUACCAUAUCAUACAAUGAAGAUACCAUGUUUUCGAACAUUCUCUAAUUAUAUUGAAAAACAAAUGUAUGAUAUAAAAACGAAUGGAAUUAGUGUUAAUAAUAAUAAAAUUCUGGUACUAAUAGCAUUUGUGACAGGCGAUAUGCCAGCAUUAUCUAAAAUGUCGAAUCAUGUUGAUCAUACAGCUUAUUACAGUUGUAUGUGGUGUUAUGUAAAAGGUCAAUAUUCACAUGAAUGUCGAUGUAUUUUAUUUAAUGGUGGUAUAAAUGAACAACCAAGAACAGAUGAAUCCUAUUUAAAUGAUAUCUAUAAUGUACAAAGAUACGGUUAUCGAGAUCAUUAUGGUGUUAAAGGAGAAGCAAAUAUAUCAUUAUUAAUUGAUACAACAGAACCAUCAACAUUUCUUAUUGAUGGCAUGCAUACAAUGCGAACAAGUUCAUUAAGUAAUGUCAAUCGUUGGAAAGCAUCUGAAAUACGAGUAUUUAUUAUGUAUUUAUCUAUACCAAUAUUGUAUGACUAUUUACCAAUAUAUUCGAAUUGUGCGUUGGCACUUUAUGUAUUAUUUAUCAGAUUUGUUCAUGACUUUUGGCAAGGACCUGAUUCAUAUGAUGAUGCUAAAUUUUUAUUAAUUAAUACAUAUGAAACAUGUAUAACAACCAAAAGUGUGCAGAAUAAACCGUUAUUUCCACCACGUUUAUUAACAAUUACAAUGCAUACACAACAGCAUAUACCUCAACAAUGUGUAGAUUCUGGUGGUUGUGAACACCGCGAAAUUAUUCUAUUUGAAACUUUUUUGGGUAAUUUGAAAUCAAAUUUAAAAGGUCCAUUAGGUACUAUUCAUCAAAUUGCAUUUGCAUAUGCAGCUGAUUUAUAUUUAAAUCAUAAUUCACGUUCUGGAAAUGACGAUAUAUUAUUGAAUGGAGGUUUCACUAUUGAUCGUCAAACUAAUACGUAUAGUGCUAAUAUGAUUGUAGAUAAAAAUGAAAUAGAAAUAUUAAAAAAAUUUAAUUGA